CCAUGUGUACUGCUUUCUCAAUCUUAUCUACAUUUAGAGGCCAAGUCAGGUUCUAAAGGGGCUUGAGAAGAGAGUGUCAACAUAAGGGCCUUUAAUUAUCCGAGAAGUAAUCACAUAACACAAAGACUCCCAACUUUUUUUUUAAAGACAUACCAGCUUUGAGAAUGAACUAAACUAAGGAAAAGCUACUGUUGCCCCUCCACAAACAUAUACAAGAAGGCCUUUGAUGCCAGUCCGACGCCCAUUAAAAAAAAAAAAAAAUCACCUUGCCACAGACUCUUGUUUGGGGAUGGAGGGCUAGUUCUCAGGCCCCGGAACCGUAAGACUCCACCGGAGGCAGAACAGAGUCGGAACAGAAAGCGGGGCUCCCCAGCGCGAACCUAGCUUAAGGCUUCGGCCCGGCGGAAAAAUCCCAUUGCAACUUCCGCCCAGCUCUAGUUCCGCGCACUCUCCUGGCGUUGUUUGCCGUCUCUAUGGCAACCCGGUAGUUGAAGUUUGACUAUGGAGGCGAAGGAGUCUUCUACACUGUCUCCAUCUUUAGAGGUACACCCCAGCUCCGAUGGGCUGGGGACUACUUCAGAACCGGUUUCUUCAGAUGUCAGUCCUAGGUCUGUCCUGGCAGCCAAAACGGCAGCAACUGCCGCUGCGGCUGCACAUUUUACAACCUCGUCUACAGCCUCGUCUACCGCCAGAGCACCUGUGUUAUGUGCACAGCCCCCAGCUGAGUCCGCAGAGCCCUCCUCUGACAGUCCUGAGUCGGCCUACAAUGCACCCUACCAGAUGGGACAUGGGAAUCUUGGCUUUCCACCCACUUAUAUUGCCUGCAUUGUUCAGGAUCCCUGUACUACAACUGACGUUAGCUCCAGCCUUGGCCUUGUAACUACGUCAAGCUCUGGUCCUGGACCCUGUGUUCCUGAAGCUACUCCUUGUUAUGGCACUGUUCCUGUCUCUGGCCCUAUCUGUGGCCCUGCUCUUGGCUCUAGCUCUGGCUCUCCUCCUGGCCCUAGCUCUGGCUCUCCUCCUGGCCCUAGCUCUGGCUCUGCUCCUGGCCCUAGCUCUGGCUCUGCUCCUGGCCCUAGCUCUGGCUCUCCUCCUGGCCCUAGCUCUGGCUCUGCUCCUUGGCCUACCUCUGACUCUGCUCCUGGCCCCAGUUCUGGCUCUGCUCCUGGCCUCAGCUCUGGUUCUGCUCCUGGCCUCAGCUCUGGUUCUGCUCCUGGCCUCAGCUCUGGCUCUGCUCCUGGCCUCAGCUCUGGCUCUGCUCCUGGCCUCAGCUCUGGCUCUGCUCCUGGCCUCAGCUCUGGCUCUGCUCCUGGCCUCAGCUCUGGCUCUGCUCCUGGCCUCAGCUCUGGUUCUGCUCCUGGCCUCAGCUCUGGUUCUGCUCCUGGCCCCAGCUCUAGCUCUGCUCCAGGCCCCAGCUCUGGCUCUGCUCCUGGCCCUAGCUCUGGCUCUGCUCCUGGCCCUAGCUCUGGCUCUGCUCCUGAAUCUGGCUCUGGUCCAGGUCUUACCCCUGGAGCAGAUGCAGAACCCGGCCCUGCCCCUGAGCCCGGAUCCUGCCCUUCUGAAAAGCUCAUCCACCUGGAGGUAGAUAUUCCUCCUAUGUGUACCACCUGGGUCCAACAAUACUACGAGCGACCUCAGAAACAACCACUCUGGGAAUCUUUGCAAGUUUCAGAACCUGGAGUGAGAGGGCCACAGGAUCCCAGGCAUGUGAAAGGGAAGUCUACGCUUCUCCAUAAAACACUGCCAAGGGGCAGGUGUCUUCUUUACAACUGGGAGGAAGAGAGAGCCACCGAUCACCUGGAUCAAGUCCCAUGCUCCCAGGAUGGCUCUGAGAGCUUCUUCUUCCGACAUGGACACCAGGGACUUCUGACCAUGCAUCUACAAUCACCCAUGUCCUCCAGCACCACCCAGAGGGACUCAUACCAGCCCCCAGGAGAACCAUGCCAGCCACUUCGAGGGAAUCGUGCAGCCAUGCUGGAGAUGUACUUGUACCACCAAAUCUGUAAUGAGCUUGAGGCAGAACAGGAACCCAAGAGGAAGCUCUUUGAGGUCGAGUCAGUAACACGCCAUGACUAUGGAGUGAAGCUUGUCCCAGCAAGGCCUCCUGCCCCAACAAAGGCUCAUGACUACUGCAAGGAGCAGCCUGAAACCUUCUGGUUACAGAUGGCAUCAAAGAUUCCGGGUGUCAGUAACAUCAGGACAGUGGACACACCAUUCUGGAAGAACUGCAGCUUCUCAACACCAUUGCCGUUGUGUCUGGGAGAUCCUUUGCCAUGUGAACCUGAAAGUUAUCCCCAGAAGUUGGGAACAGUGUCUUCCCUUGCCUGUCAGGGAAGCGAGUUGGAGUGUCAAAAUAGGAAAACAACUCCUCCCUAAAGGUUGAAGAAGGAAAUUAAUAUAGAAUUUGGAAUCUGUUUGUACUAAAGAGUUUGCUGGAGAAGCUGACUGUAUACUUGGUGAAGGGAUUUUACAUAAAGGGUCCUCUCUCAUCCUGAAUAUGC